UGACGAAUGCAAUCCCAGUCUCGGGGCGACAAGGUGGUCUUGAGAUGAGAUAAGGAGAGCGUGUGGUGGAUGCUCUUGGUUUCUGUAAUAAGGAAAAGCUUUCCUUCUUUCUUUUCUGUAUCCGUAAAAGGGGGCCUCUGUACUUUACUCUGUUUGGGGAAGGAGCCAUGGCUGCUCGCAGAUUAUCGUCCUUGCUCACUCGUUCGCUCUCUGCUUCGCGGCUUCUCUCUUCAGGAAGCAACCAUGGCGUGGGAAGUAGCAUCAGCAGGUACAGUACUGCAGCCGCAGUCGAAGAGCUGAUUUCUCCGCCCGUCCAAAUAAAUUACACACAGCAUCUGAUUAAUGGGCGCUUCGUGGAUGCGGCGUCAGGAAGAACUUUCCCAACGUAUGAUCCUCGUACUGGGGAUGUCCUUGCUCUUGUUGCCGAGGGUGAUGCCGAAGAUAUUAACCGCGCUGUGGUGGCCGCUCGCAAGGCAUUCGAUGAAGGACCGUGGCCAAAGAUGACUGCUUAUGAAAGAUCAAAGAUACUGCUGCGCUUCGCCGAUUUGGUUGAAAAGCAUAAUGACGAGCUUGCAGCUCUGGAGACAUGGAAUUGUGGAAAGCCUUAUGAGCAGUCUGCCAAAUCUGAAUUGCCGAUGCUGGCACGUCUCUUUCGGUAUUAUGCUGGUUGGGCCGAUAAAAUCCAUGGGCUUACAGUCCCGGCCGAUGGAAAUUACCAUGUGCAAACAUUGCAUGAACCGAUUGGUGUUGCGGGGCAGAUCAUUCCGUGGAACUUUCCUCUUAUCAUGUUUGCUUGGAAAGUUGGACCCGCAUUGGCAUGUGGUAACACAAUUGUCCUAAAGACUGCAGAACAAACACCUUUGACGGCACUGUAUGCUGCAAAACUCUUCGAGGAGGCUGGCCUUCCUCCUGGUGUUCUAAAUGUUGUUUCUGGCUAUGGUCCUACAGCCGGUGCAGCUCUUGCAAGCCAUAUGGAUGUGGACAAGCUCGCCUUCACUGGAUCUACCCAAACUGGCAAGGUUGUCCUGGAAUUGGCUGCAAGGAGCAAUCUGAAGCCUGUGACAUUGGAACUAGGAGGCAAGUCGCCUUUCAUAGUCUGUGAGGAUGCUGAUGUUGAUCAUGCCGUGGAACUUGCACACUUUGCUCUUUUCUUUAAUCAGGGGCAAUGCUGCUGCGCUGGGUCUCGUACAUAUGUACAUGAAAGAGUGUAUGAUGAGUUUGUUGAGAAGGCAAAAGCUCGGGCGCUGCAACGUAGUGUCGGUGAUCCUUUCAAGAAGGGUGUCGAACAAGGUCCUCAGAUUGAUGUGGAGCAAUUCGAGAAGGUUCUUAGAUACAUAAGAGCUGGCAUAGAUGGCAAUGCGACUCUUGAAUGUGGAGGCGAGAGAUUAGGCUCCAAAGGUUUCUUUGUUCAGCCAACAGUUUUCUCGAAUGUCCAGGAUGAUAUGCUGAUAGCAAAGGAUGAGAUCUUCGGCCCUGUGCAAUCGAUAUUGAAAUUCAAGGACCUCGACGAAGUCGUCCGAAGGGCCAACACUACGCGCUAUGGUCUAGCUGCGGGCGUCUUUACUAAGAACAUGGACAUAGCCAACGCGCUAUCACGGGCGUUGAAGGUCGGGACCGUGUGGAUCAAUUGCUUUGACGUCUUCGACGCAGCAAUUCCGUUUGGCGGUUACAAGAUGAGCGGGAUAGGUAGGGAGAAGGGGAUCUACAGCCUCAACAACUAUCUGCAAGUCAAGGCCGUAGUUAUGCCUUUGAAGAAUCCGGCUUGGCUGUAAAACUCAGCCAAUGAACUGUUGAAACCAAAGAUAGCAACACCAAGUGAGACUGUAAAUUAUGCGUGCAUUGUAGUAACUGUCUUUGAGGUAAUGCCCUCUCCUCUCUCUCUCUUAGUGAUGAAAGCAUAUUUUCUAAA